ACAGGUGUACAGGUGUUGUCCGUGUCUCACACCGGGAUCAGGCUCCUGAAGACAGUGAAGAGCAGCACUGACGAGUCGGACUACUUCAGAGUCCUACGACAUUACACCUACGCGGACAUCCUUUUUCUGACCGUACCUUCAGGGAACAUGCUGGAGUUUAAUCUGACCAAUGAGAAGCUGAUUCUGUUCUCAGCCAAGGCUCCACAGGUCAAACACAUCGUGGACUGCUUCAUCACUGAGAUCAAGAAGGACUCUGAGUAUGUGGUAGCAGAGCGUAACUUCGUGACAGACGAGCGUCCUCUGCUCGCUUUCCAUAAAGGUGACAUCAUCAGGCUGCAAGUCACAGAAGGACUGGAAAAGGGAUACAGCUACGGCUCUGUUGUGAGGAAGAAGGUGAUGUUUCUGGAGGAGAUGAAGAGAGACACGCCAGACUUUGGUUGGAAGUUUGGAGGGGUGUUUGGUCGUGCAGGGGCGUUCCCGACAGAUUGUGUCCGUCCCGUCGCCGCCCCUGACUUCCUGUCCAUCCCGGUUGACCGCAGGGCGGAGCUUAAAGGAGGAGCAGGACGGGUUGCCGUGACAUCAGCUAUGGCUGUGGCCGUGGCGUCCAGCGCGGCCGCUCACGAGAUAGACCCAACCCUGGAGGAGGGGUUUGAUGAGGUCCUAGAGAUCGACGACAGCAUUCUGCAGGACACGCGGUACGAUAUGGUGGAGUUCGCAAAGAAAUACUUUAGACAACCGGCUGCUAAGGGGGCCUCUGUGAAGUCCAAGAAGCCCAAAGACACCAGAGAUCCCUUUGAAAUGGUCAGGUUCUCCAAG